UCCCAUCUCUAGGAAUGUGCCGCUCGUUUUCAGGGAUUAUUUUAAACAAAAUCGCAGCACACUGCUAGAAUCUAAUCAAAAUACAUACUAUAUACAAAUAAAAGCUAACAAAAUGGAUCAGAUUUUGAACAAGGAAAACACCGGCAUUAAUUUGCCGGCGAAUCCCAUGAAAAAUGGAGUCCCUCCCAACUCCGUAUUGAAGAAACCACUUGGGAAACUUGACAAUGUGAUGCACCAAACUCCUGGAAUAACCCCAUUCAAAGGCACUGCUCUGAAACUCGAGGGCAGUAUCGCCAAGCUUUCGCUGCGAAAGGCUCCUAAACAAAAUGUGGUCCACAAGGAUCGAGAGGAAGUUAGGUAUAAAACAAAUAGCUGCUUUUUGGGCGCCUACAUAUUGAAUUGCGAAUCCAAAGUCGUGAAUUUGUUCAACUACACUGACUUUCCAAACGUGAAAUGUUUGAAGAACUGCAGCAAGCCGGUCACAGAGACCUGGUCCGAAAAUCAAUCGGGCUAUGAAGGGCUUUUGGAUCAACUUUAUCUUGACCUUCGCACUUUGGAAAACCAUUUGGAAAAUAGGUGUCUUCCGCCCCUAGAUUUUAAUGACCUGCCAUACAUAUAUAAGACAGAAAACAUGGAGCCUGCAGAGCCUGAAUACGUAUUAAAUUUAUUUCCCCCUAUGCCCAGUUUGGAAGGUAUUGAUAUUCUAUUUUAGAUCCUUGUUUAAAAGUUCGUGGCUUAUAUUGUGGUUAAACAAUCCAAAACUAGGUACCUUUGUAUUACUAAAGAAAUAUUUAUUAAUGUUAGGCUAAGACAAACUUUAAUAUCAUAAGCUGUCCAACUUUGUUGUCUCAUCUUCUAAUCGCAUUUGU